CACAGAUCAAACUUGAGACGAAACUGCUCGACCUAGCUACGUCUCUCAAACCCCUACAACGCUCCAAACCCUAAUCAAGGUUAGUGUCAGCAAUCAUUGUUUCUCAUUAUACUCUUUGGUUAGUUUUCUGUAUCACGAAAGUAAGAUAAGUGGAUUGUUUGUUUCUCGGCCGAUGAUCGCCAUUACGACGAGAUCUGGUUAUAAUUUAGUUUCGGAGCUAUGUUUUUUUGUUCCUCAAUCGGCUGAAUUUAUGUACGAGCUUAUGGUAUUUAAGGUUUGGAGUUGUUUACCAUGCUUUAUGUUGGAUUAAGUCGAUGGAUCAACGUUUCAUAGUAAGUAUUAGGUUUAUAUGGAUUUGUUGGGUAGCAUAAUAAGUAAAAUAGUAAUAUGUGUUAGAACCGGUUUCGUCCCGCUUUAUGUUUGUGAUUGUUAUAGAAAAUAUCAGAAUUGGUUGUGCAUUUGAUUUGCUUACAAGAUUAGUUUUUGCAGUAGGGAGGAAGAGUCUCGUGAUAAAAAAGGAGGGAGAAUGGAGGCAGGUGGAGUGAAGAACGCGACGGUGAUUAAGGUGAUCGGGAGGACAGGGUCGCGAGGGCAGGUGACCCAAGUGAGAGUCGAAUUCAUUGACAACACCAAGCGGCAGAUCACUAGGAACGUCAAAGGCCCUGUUCGGGUCGGCGACGUCAUCACUCUCCUUGAAACUGAGAGGGAGGCCAGGAGGCUCCGCUAGAAACUAGCUACUUUAAACCCUACUUCAUGUCCUCUCUUCUGCCCGGUGUUUUUAUAGAGUUAUUCGGAUUCCAAGUUUGUUUUAUGCUCUUCUUAUGGGAGAUUGUUUGAUGGUUUCGUUGGUAAUAAUAGCAUAAAGUAACG